AUGGCUACUGGUCACAAGAUUAUUAUUCUUAAAAAUGACAAGACUCAUUUUACUGCAAAGUCCCAAGAAGAUGGUUGUGGUAGGAGGAUUCACUUUGGGCCUGUGAAUGCUGACAUUUCUCGGUUCGUGUUGAAAGAUUCUAAUGUUAUUCACAGCUGUGGUGUUGGUUUGAGGUUGAAAAGUCCUGCGGUGACAACCAAGUUAGUCAAGCAUUUGAUCGCUGACAAUAUACAGGGUGAUCGUAGUUUAAAACCCAAACAGAUCAUGUCUCUUUUUAAGAAUACUUAUGGGUCCAAUAUCAAGUAUUACCAUGCCCGUAGAGGGAAAGAAGCCGUAUUUGAAGAACAGUUUGGUGACGACGAGAAGUCGUAUAGCGGUUUAACUUGGUAUGUCAAAGCCAUUGAGCAAACUAAUCCUGAUAGCUUUGUUAAUUUUGAAGUUGAUCAUGCAACCCAAAGAUUUCAGAGGAUCUUCAUUUGUUUCGGUGCUUGCAAGCAUAGCUACAGGUAUGUCAGGCCCAUGAUUUACUUGGACGCUACUUUCCUUACUGGUAGAUACAGGGGUGCUUUGAUGGCUGCAACAUGUAUCAACGGAAACAAUGGUUUUUACCCAUUUGCAUUUGCUCUUGUUUAUGCUGAAAACAAAGAAAUUUGGUUUUGGUUUCUGGAGAAUCUUAAACAAGUUGUCGAUGGUCGUCAGAUUGUUUUUCUUAGUGACCGUGGAGAAGGACUUUUGCAUGGAAUUCCAAAAUUAUUUCCUAAUUCUUUUCACAACUAUUGCGUUUACUACGUCAAGUGCAAUCUCCCUGUUGGAUCAGCAACUAACUUUGAAGAAGCUUUGCGGGGCAUGCAUGCACUUGGAUGUGGACAUGUUGCUAAUUAUCUCAGGAUUAUUCCAAAGGAGAAAGGGGCAAAUGCAUUUUUCCCUGUAUGCAGAUAUAGUGCUCACUCUUCAACUCUUUCUGAGUCCUUCAACAACUGGAUUCUUAAUUUCAAAAAGUUGUCUGCUUUUGCUCUUCUUGAUCCGAUACAGACAUACCAGGAGAUCAUCUUGCCAAUCCCCAAUUAUGACAAGCCGAAGGCUUAUGAUUCUAAUGAUAGGGUUAUUGUUCCUAUUCUAGUUCCUCCACUUGGUAGACGAAGAACACAGCGCAUCAAGAAUUAUUGGGAGAAGCAAAAGAGGCCUAUGAUGUGCACAAAGUGCUUCACCCUUGAUCACCACAACAGAGCUACCUGCCCUAUGCUUUGA